AAUACUGCUAGUGAAGGAGGGCAGGAGACGGCGGCCGAGGAGUGGAGGAGAAGGCAAGAACUGAAGAACCAAGUAUGACAAGUGCUACUCCAAGGCUUGGUAGCACUUCGCACUUGCUCUUCCCCUUGUCCUUCUCCUUGGCACUCCUGUGCUGCAUUGCCGUGUCCAAUGCCGCCAGCGACGAGGCCGCGGCGUUGCUUGCCAUCAAGGCGUCGCUCAUCGACCCCUUGGAGAAGCUCGGGGGCUGGACUUCGGCGUCGGUCUCGUCACAUUGUACCUGGAAGGGCCUGCGUUGCAAUGCCCGGGGCGUGGUCACCGGCCUCAACCUCGCCGGCAUGAACCUAAGCGGCACCAUCCCCAACGACAUCCUCGGCCUUACCGGCCUCACCUCGAUCAUCCUGCAGAGCAACGCGUUUGAGCACGAGCUGCCGCUGGCGCUCGUGUCCAUUCCGACGCUCCAGGAGCUCGACGUCAGCGACAACAACUUCGCCGGCCACUUCCCCGCCGGUCUCGGUGCGUGCCCCUCUUUGACAUACCUCAACGCGUCGGGCAACAAUUUCGCCGGCCCGCUCCCGGCCGACAUCGCCAAUGCCUCCGCGCUCGAGACGCUCGACUUCAGGGGCGGCUACUUCUCCGGCACGAUCCCCAAGUCCUACGGCAAGCUCCAGAAGCUCAAGUUCUUGGGUCUCUCCGGCAACAACCUUGGCGGCGCUCUUCCAGCCGAGCUGUUCGAUAUGUCGGCAUUGGAGCAGCUGCUCAUUGGCUACAAUGAGUUCUCCGGCGCGAUCCCGGCUGCAAUUGGCAAACUCGCCAACCUCCAGUAUCUCGACCUGGCGAUCGGCAAGUUGGAAGGCCCAAUUCCGGCGGAGCUCGGCCGGCUGCCGUACCUCAACACAAUCUACCUCUACAAGAACAACAUUGGGGGCCCGAUACCCAAGGAGAUCGGCAACCUCACCUCCCUCGUCAUGCUCGACCUCUCCGACAACGCGCUCACCGGCACGAUCCCGGCGGAGCUGGGGCAGCUCGCUAAACUGCAGCUGCUCAACCUCAUGUGCAACAGGCUCAAGGGCGGAAUUCCGGCGAGCAUCGGCGAGCUCCCCAAGCUCGAGGUGUUGGAGCUGUGGAACAACUCCCUCACCGGCCCAUUGCCACCGUCGCUCGGGAGCGCGCAGCCGCUGGAGUGGCUCGACGUGUCGACGAACGCGUUGUCCGGGCCGGUGCCCGCCGGCCUCUGCGACAGCGGCAACCUGACGAAGCUGAUCCUGUUCAACAAUGUCUUCACAGGCCCGAUCCCGGCGGGCCUGACCACGUGCUCGACGCUUGUCCGCGUGCGCGCGCACAACAACCGGCUCAACGGCACGGUGCCCGCGGGGCUCGGGCGGCUCCCGCGGCUGCAGCGUCUCGAGCUCGCCGGCAACGAGCUGUCCGGGGAGAUCCCGGACGACUUGGCGCUCUCGACGUCGCUCUCCUUCAUCGACCUCUCCCACAACCAGCUCCGGUCCGCGCUGCCGUCGAACAUCCUGUCGAUCCCGACGCUUCAGACGUUCGCGGCCGCCGACAACGAGCUGGUCGGCGGCGUGCCGGACGAGAUUGGCGACUGUCCGUCGCUGUCCGCCCUCGACCUGUCCGGCAACCGGCUGUCGGGUGCGAUUCCGGCUAGCCUCGCGUCGUGCCAGAGGCUUGUCUCUCUAAGCCUCCGGAACAACCAGUUCACCGGUCAGAUCCCAGGGGCGAUCGCCAAGAUGUCGACACUGUCUGUCCUCGACCUCUCCAACAACUUCUUCUCCGGCGAGAUACCGAGCAACUUCGGCACCUCACCGGCGCUCGAAAUGCUCAACCUGGCGUACAACAACCUCACCGGUCCCGUGCCAACGACGGGUCUUCUGAGGACAAUUAACCCCGACGACCUUGCCGGGAACACGGGCCUGUGUGGUGGUGUCCUGCCGCCGUGCGGUGGUGCUAGCUCCCUGCGGGCUUCAUCGUCUGAGGCGUCUGGCCUCCGGCGGUCACACAUGAAGCACAUCGCCGCUGGUUGGGCGAUCGGAAUCUCUGCCUUGAUUGUGGCAUGCGGCGUCGUCCUUCUCGGCAAGCAGCUGUACCAGCGGUGGUAUGUCAAUGGCGGGUGCUGCGACGAUGCCGCCCUCGAGGAAGACGGGAGCGGUUCGUGGCCGUGGCGCCUUACGGCGUUCCAGCGGCUGAGCUUCACCAGCGCCGAGGUGCUCGCCUGCAUCAAGGAGGACAACAUCGUGGGGAUGGGCGGCACGGGGGUGGUCUACCGCGCCGACAUGCCACGGCACCAUGCCGUCGUCGCCGUCAAGAAGCUGUGGCGCGCGGCCGGGUGCCCCGAGGAGGCCGCCACGGUCGACGGGCACCAGGACAUGGAGGCGGGCGGCGAGUUCGCCGCCGAGGUGAAGCUCCUCGGCCGGCUCCGGCACCGCAACGUCGUGCGCAUGCUGGGGUACGUGAGCAACAACCUGGACACCAUGGUGCUGUACGAGUACAUGGUGAACGGCAGCCUGUGGGAGGCGCUGCACGGGCGGGGGAAGGGCAAGAUGCUGGUGGACUGGGUGUCGCGGUACAACGUCGCGGCGGGCGUCGCCGCAGGGCUCGCGUACCUCCACCACGACUGCCGGCCGCCGGUCAUCCACCGCGACGUCAAGUCGAGCAACGUGCUCCUCGACACCAACAUGGACGCCAAGAUCGCCGACUUCGGCCUCGCCCGCGUCAUGGCGCGCGCGCACGAGACCGUGUCCGUCGUCGCCGGCUCCUACGGCUACAUCGCGCCAGAGUACGGGUACACGCUGAAGGUGGACCAGAAGAGCGACAUUUACAGCUUCGGCGUGGUCCUGAUGGAGCUCCUCACGGGGCGGCGGCCGAUCGAGCCGGAGUACGGCGACAGCACGGACAUCGUCGGGUGGAUCAGGGAGCGGCUGCGCACCAACAGCGGCGUGGAGGAGCUGCUGGACGCCGGCGUCGGCGGCCGCGUGGACCACGUCCGGGAGGAGAUGCUGCUGGUGCUGCGCAUCGCGGUGCUGUGCACGGCCAAGUCGCCCAAGGACCGGCCCACGAUGCGGGACGUGGUGACCAUGCUCGGCGAGGCCAAGCCGCGCCGCAAGAGCAGCAGCGCCACCGUGGCCGCCACCGUCGUGGACAAGGACAAGCCGGUGUUCACGACGUCGCCGGACUCCGGUUACCUAUAGGCUGGGGAUGAGGCGGUGACCAAAAGACGACUCCGGCGUUAGCGGAUCUGUACGUUCUGUAUGUAGUUGAUGCCAUGUACAAUCUUUUACAUAGUUUUGAUUCAUACUUUGGUUAAGUUCAGAGGGAAAAAGGAGAUAUACGUUUACAAUUUUA